UAUAUUCGCGGACUAUUGCAAUAAGGCUACGAAACCCUUGGCGCCACCUCACGGCUAACUAAGAGACGAGAAAGCCUUCCCGGUCCCCGCUCUCCAUUCUGCACCGCUCGGUUGCGCGACUGCCAGCAACUCAAGGACGCUACCUCCGGUACCUUCAUACCCUUCCAUCGCGGACCUACUCACUGCUCCCAUUCAAUUUAUAGCCCCAGUUUCCUUACAUUGAUACGUGCUCGGUUACUUCACUUCUGUGUUAGGCGGAAGGUCCUCCGUGAGGGGGCGCAUCAAGUAAAUACCGUCAGUACACUUUCCUUGUACAUGUCAAAUAAGGAGAUAAAACACUUGUCUCGCAAUGUCUACAAUUCAUUGCGAUCGAGCACAUUUUUGUUUGACUUGACCAGAGUUGUUGAGGAACUUGUACAUAAUAGUGUGGAUGCGGGUUCUUCCAAGGUAGUUGUCUCUUUAAGUGUUGGAUCAUGCUACGUUAAAGUAGCGGAUGAUGGAUGUGGGGUCACUCGAGAUGGGUUGGUUAUUUUAGGUGAAAGAUACGCUACAUCAAAGGUUCACCUUGUGGCUGAUGCUGGUACUGGUGCAGAGGCCCUUGGUUUUAGAGGAGAGGCUCUUUCUUCCAUUUCUGAUGUAUCUUUAUUAGAAAUCAGGUCGAAAGCUCGUGGAAAGCCAAAUGCAUAUUGCAAGAUUAUAAAGAGCUCGAAGUGCUUAUUUUUUGGAAUCGAUGACCAGCGGGAAGAUGUGGGCACAACUGUAAUUGUUCGAGAUUUAUUUUAUAACCAACCAAUUCGGAGGAAAUUCAUGCAAUCUAGCCUUAGAAAGGUACUGCAUUCUGUGAAGAAAUGUGUAUUUCGGAUAGCUCUUGUACAUCCACACGUGUCAUUCAAGGUUAUUGAAAUUGAGGGUGAGCAUAAACUGCUUUGCACAAUUGCUGGCCGGUCUUCUUUGUCUUUGGUUAGUGAUGGUUUUGGAAAUGAGGUUUCUAGUUCACUCCGAGAAAUUGUUUACUCUGAUCGAGAAUUUACCCUUUCUGGGUACAUGUCAGGGCCAACAGAUGCAUUCUCGACAAAGGUAUUGCAGUAUAUCUAUAUCAAUGCAAGAUUCGUCUGCAAGGGUCCAAUCCAUAAUUUGAUUAAUAGUAUUGCAACAAAUUUUCAUUCCACUACUGCUAAGAAGAGGGAUAGCUCUGAAAAUCAUUGCAGGAAGAGACAAAAAACUCAAGGGUAUCCAGCAUAUUUGCUUAAUCUUUGCUGUCCUAUGUCAAGCUAUGAUCUAACUUUUGAGCCUUCGAAGACUAUAGUUGAAUUCAAGGACUGGGGCACCGUUUUAUCAUUCUUUGAGCAAGCAAUAAUACCAUACUGGGAACGGUUUGCAUCAAAUGUAUUUCAAGCGGAAGGUGCUUCUUGUGAAGCUUCUUUUCAAGAAAGUGGACCGCUGAGAGAAGACUUGUUCAGUGAAGGUAUCACUAAGAAAUCCGAUAUCAAAUCAAUGAAGGACAGUUCUAAUUUCUUUGAAGGUUUAGGCUCCCGUUUCCAAAUUAGCAACCCAUUGGUUACCUCUUUUGGUUAUGCAAGCAAUUAUCAAAAACACAAUCGAUUAAGUGAUGAUGAAGCAGAUUACGUUUCAUGUCCUAAGAGAUUUCAUAGUAAUGAUGAUCUUGUUGAGCUGUGUAACAGCCUUUUCCAACAUGAAGAUAACAUUUUAAUGGGUACUUCUACCAACGGUAAGCAUUCAAGACGUAUGAACUGCAAAAGAUAUGCGCCUUGUGAAAUAGUAGGUGACAUCUAUUAUUCUCCCAUAGCUUGCAAUGGUUCUGUUAAAACUUAUGCUCCCAUGGAAAAUGAUUUAGUUAACUCAACGUGCUGCUCAUCAAGCUGUGUGUUUGGCGAACAUCAUGAAUUUUUGAACGAACCUUUUUCUGUUAAAGAAGAAUGCACUUUAGGUGAAAAUCAGUAUAGCAGUUGUUUACAUUGCAGCGACAAUCUUAUUUUCAAAAAGAAUAUCAGCGAUUGUCUUCUUCAAGAAAGAAGCGACUCACAAAGUCCUGUGGUUGGUGUCAUUAGAAAAUGCCAGAAGUUGACUCAACAAUCUUGCUUUGAAAUUUGCCCUUCUUUUUGUGACCAUGCAUGCUUAUCUGAGACUAGCCUUAGCCAUCAAAACUUUGAAUAUGUUGAUGCUGACUCCGAAUGGGGGUUCUCACAUUUUGGUUUCACAGAUCCGUCGAUUGUUAGAACACCUCCAAGGCAUCAUGAAAUUGUGUGCGACUCUACUUUGAUAGAGAAUCAUUGUGCCAUUGAAGAGACAAAUGCUAAAUUUCUUGAAUCUGUUUUGAAUGAAUCACGGGAGCUUCCGCCUGACCUAUGCUUUACAGGCAGAACUGUGGUGGAUCAUAAAUUUUGCCCAAGUUCCAUCAAGCAUCUUCAGCAUGACUACCUUCUAGAUCAAUUCACCUCCACAAAAGGUGGUUCAGCGUCUAUAUUAAAAGAAGAAAAAGGCUGCUUGCUGUCUGUGUCUUCAAGUAUUGAACAUACAGACAUCUAUAACACCAGCCUUCAUAAUUCGGUCACGCAAAAUUAUGAUGAAGCUGCUGAAAGCCCCUCCAAGAACAAUGAGUUUCAAAAUUCUUUAUUUUCUGAUGUUCGAGAGUUAAGAUCGAGGAGAAGUCAUUCUGCUCCACCAUUUUACAAGGGCAAGAAGAAGUUUCCCAUCUUAAAUUGUCUUUUGACGGAUCAUGUCAGAGAAAAUUCUAAAAUGAUGUCAUCUUAUUGUAUUGAUGAGCCAGGAUUAAAUUGUCAGCUAGAACCUUAUAGUGCCUCACAGCCUUGUAUGAAGCCGAUUACUGAGCUUAAAAAGCCAUGCUUAUGGGAAUUAAAUUAUGACAAGUCAAAUCAUAGCAACCUGAUUGAGAUACAGGCUUCUGAAGAAUUUGAUAAUGGUUAUGAACCUGAUGAAAUAGACCCUGCAUCAUCUUCACUGACAAAGUGGCGGACUGACUGCCUGCAGCCUGCAUUUAAUCAUGAUGGUGCUAUGCCACAUAAGGUUGAUGUGCUAGACAUUUCUUCUGGCCUUUUACAUCUUUCUGGUAGUUCAUUGGUGCCUGCUUCCAUAAAUAAGGAUUGCUUUGAUAAUGCGAGGGUUCUUCUACAGCUGGAUCGCAAAUUCAUUCCAGUAGUUGCAAGUGGAAUUCUUUUAAUUAUUGACCAGCAUGCUGCGGACGAAAGGAUAAGGCUUGAAGAUUUACGGAAAAAGGUUUUGCAUGGCGAGCUACAGAGCAGUACAUAUCUUAACCCUGAGCAUGAACUGAUUCUUCCAGAGAUGGGAUAUCAAUUGCUUCAGAAGUAUGCAGAGCAGAUAAAGAAAUGGGGUUGGAUCUGCAAUAUUCAAAGUCAGUUUUCGGACUCAUUUACUUGGGGCAUGGAUUUUCUAAGGCAACACGAAUGCAGAGCUACGCUUGUUGCUGUACCGCAUAUUUUGGGUACUGAUUUGACAGGCAAAGAUCUUCUAGAAUAUAUUGAGCAGUUGGUUGAAACGGAUGGAUCAUCCAUAAUCCCGCCAGCAGUGCUUCGUGUACUAAAUUACAAAGCCUGCAGAGGUGCCAUAAUGUUUGGAGAUGCCCUGUUGCCUUCAGAAUGUUCCCUCAUUGUUGAAGAACUGAAAGCAACUUCAUUGUGCUUCCAGUGUGCUCAUGGUCGGCCAACCACUGUACCUCUUCUUAAUAUGGUAGCCCUGCAUGAGCAGUUAUCCAGACUUGACAUGCCGAUGCCCGGUCGCUCAGAUGAGUGGCAUGGACUGCGCCGGCACUCUCCGAGCAUUCAUCGUGCGCGACAAAGAUUAGAGUCGUGUAAAAGGUUUCUCCAUGGCUGAUCUCGUGCUCGCUAUCUUAAUAGAAGGUGCCUUCUCCUGUUGAUGUACUUUGUAUGGAAAUGGUGUAUAUGAUGCAAGUCAUUUGUAAACCCCAUUCUUUGAUGAUUUGAUCAAUGGAAUAUACAAUACAGUGUAUAUAGUUCCUUUUUUUUUACAUGUG